AUGGAGGAGGAAUUGCUCGCCUUCUUCCCUAAUGGCAUCCGGGCCUUGCUUGUUGAUGAUAAUACAACGUUUGUAAACUCGGCUCGCACCAUGCUUAAUCUGUUGCACUUCAAAGUGGCUACAUGCAAGACACCAACCGCAGCCCUACAGUUUCUCUCAAAAAAUCAAAAGGAUAUCAUCGAUGUGGUCCUCGUUGAUGGUCACAGAGCAUCAACAUGCGGUUUUGACCUGCGCGCUAUAGUCGAGCGGGACCUCCACAUCCCAGUCAUCUAUUACAUGUCACUGGAAGACCCAAUUCCCACCGGCGGGGAUGAGACCCUUUCCCGGAUGGUGCAAGCAGCAGCGUACAUCAUCAACAAGCCGCUCGACGCAUCCGAGCUGGGUAGCCUGUGGAGGGUUAUUGCCUACCGUAGAUUGGCUUGGAACGCGAGGAAAGUUAAUGGCCACAACGGUCAUGGCAAAGGCAAACAUGCAUCUCCCUCCUUGGUUGGAGACAAAGGUCGUAGCCUCUCGUCAUUUCCACCAGGUUCAUCUGCUGAUGAUGGGGACGACGACAAUGAGAUAGAGUCUCGUGCCCACUUCAAGGUGGUUCGGGUUCACACCGGAACUAAGAAACAGACCCAUGAUCCCCAUGGAGAAGGUUCCUCUAAAAUCCACAAACACCACAUCGUCUGGUCACCGCUCCUCAAGGAAAGGUUCAAGUGUGCUGUGGAAGACAUGGGCAUCGGACACCCAAGCAAGAUACUGGAGCACAUGAAUGUGAAAGGCCUAAAAAGGCACCACGUGGCUAGCCACUUACAGAAAUACCGUGCGAAGCUCCAAAUGAAGAAUGACAUGUGCAACACCUCGAACCCUUGCCCGCGCUCAGGUGACCGCCCUCCACAGGCGACCCAUAUCGUUCAAACCGCCCAUCAGCCGCAGAUAUCCUCCGUCGAUAGGGCCUCGAACAUCUCUGCCGUGCCCUUCGCCGUCGGUAGCGAUGCCCCUGUUCCAGCAUCAUGGCCUUCAUCUUCCCAACAACAAACCGUGAAUGAUGUCUUCAACGACAUUGCACCAACGGACGUGCUAACAAAGGGUCCGCCUUCGUCUAGCUACAACCCGAAUACCUUCCCACAGGUGUUCUUUGGGCCAUUUUCCUACCAAGGCCCAUCUCUGCAAGCAUCAGCCAUGCCACCUGCGCAAUAUGCGGGCGAUCAUGUCACUGCAGCUUCACAGUAUCGUACUGCCUCUCUUGUCCCCGAGUCUUUUGAUGCAGAAAUAGAAGCUUUCUUUGGCAGCACUGAACCGACAAUGGAAGCAUCCGAAAAUGGUGCCGCCGCCGCUGGCACAUUUGUGCCGCCUGAUCAGGCGGAUGCCGUGGCUUCAGCGGAAGAAGAUAUCGCAAUGGUGGCCGAAAUGAUGGCUGCACCGUCAGACGUUGAUCUUGCCAUGGCAUCAUAUGAAGCAACGGGUCUGAAUACAGAUGAGCAGUUCAUGUUUCCACUAGAAGCACUUCGGGGGCUGGAUGUGCCCAUGGACAUCAACAACAACAGGGUCACCGAUGAUGGAGCUAUCACAUGGCUGAAUGGCGAGGGCGACAUCCAAGACUAUGACUUUUUCUAG